UUGGAGUCAGCCUGGGCAGCAUGGUGAAACCCCAUCUCUACUAAAAAUACAAAAAUUAGCUGGGUGUGGUGGGCACGCCUGUAGUCCCAAGUACUCAGGAGGCUGAGGUGGGAGGAUCACUUGAGUCCAAGAGGUCCAGGCUGCAGUGAGCCAAGAUCAUGCCACUGCACUCCAGCCUGGGUGACAGAGUGAGACCCUGUAUAUAUUAAAAAAUAAAAAACUGGCCAGGAGGUACCAUGGCUCACACGUGUAAUUCCAGCACUUUGGGAGACUGAGAUGGGAUGAUUGUUUGAAGCCAGGAGUUUGAGACCAGCCUGGGCAAUAUAGUGAGAACCCAUCUCUACAAAAAAAUAAAAAUUUAGGCCAGGCGCAGUGGCUCACACCUGUAAUCCCAGCACUUUGGGAGGCCAAGGCGGGUGGAUCACUUGAGGUCAGCAGUUUGAGACCAGCCAGACCAACAUAGUGAAACCCCGUCUCUACUAAAAAUACAAAAAUUAGCUGGGCGUGGUGGCACGCACCUGUAAUCCCAGCUACUUGGGUGACUGAGGCAGGAGAAUCACUUGAAUCCAGGAAGCGGAGGUUGCAGUGAGACGAGAUCGAGUCACUGCUCUCCAGCCUGGGCUACACAGCAAGACUUUGUCUGGAAAUAAAUAAAUAAAAUAAAAAUAAAAAUUUAGCCCGGUGUGGUGGCUCUGCCUGGAGUCCCAGCUACCUGGGGGACUGAGGUGGGAGGACUGCUCGAGCCCAGGAGCUUGGGGCUGCAGUGAGCUAUGAUCGCACCACCACACUCCACCACACUCCAGCCUAGGUGGAGACCCUGUCUCCAAAAAAAAAAAAAAAAAAAAAAGAGAGAACCACUCCUCCCCCGGUCCUACUCUCCAGAAAUAACCACAGUUCACAAGGUCUAUGUCAGACCUUUUUCUGUGAAUUUACAAAAUGUAUAUAUGCACACCUCUAGCAUUUUAAAAAUACAAAGUGGGAUAAUGCUGUGCAUACUGUUUUGCAUUUUUGCCCCUCUCAUUUUAGAUCAGAUUUGCCCUAUGAGUUGUCUGAAUGGUCCUAAUUCAUGUGAAUCCCAUCAAUGGCUGGUUGGGUCAUUUCCACGUUGAUUCUUACGAACAGCACCAAUGGUAAACGGGCCUGUCUGCCGAUCUUGGCACACUUGUGGGACAGUCUGGGGAAGACAGAUUCCUAGAACUGGAAUUGCGGUCUCAGGAUAUCCCUCUCGCAGACACAUCCUAUCAGGCAAACACAGCCUCCACUUCCCCUGACGCCUCUUGCACCUCAGCCCUCUCCACAAGCACCGGGGAGGUGCAGAGAAGGCCUUGAGGGAGGGUUUGCUGAAUGAGUGAAUGAACCAGCCCUCCUCUCCUCCCUUAUCGCCUGAGGUCCCUCUCCAGCUCAGGCCUGACCCUUCACAUCUGGACCCUGGCUGCUGCGUCCUCCCUGGCCUCCCGGCCUCCAGGCCUUCCUACAUGGGCUUCCUGCUCGAUUGGCCUACGUUAGCAGCUGUUUCCUAAGCCUCACGGGACUGAAAGUUGAGCAUGGAGUCACUUUCUUUCUUUUUGAGACGGAGAUUUUGCUCUUUCGCCCAGCCUGGAGUGCAGUGGUGCGAUCUCGGCUCAUUGCAACCUCUGCCUUCCGGUUUCAAGUGAUUCUCUUGCCUCAGCCUCCUGAGUAGCUGGGAUCACAGGUGCAUGCCACCAAGCCCGGCUGAUUUUUGUAUUUUUAGUAGAGACGGGGUUUCACCAUGUUAGCCAGGCUGGUCUCGAACCCCUGACCUCAGGUGAUCUGCCUGCCUCAGACUCCCAAAGUCCUGGGAUUACAGGCAUGAGCCGCUGCAGCCAGCCAGAAUCACUUUCUUAAUGGUGCUAUUCCCUGGUGGGGGCAUGGGGCUUGGGUAAAACUCUGUGGCUCUCAGCAUAUAAGUGGCCAAGAGAACAGAAGUCACGUCCCAUCCCUGGGCCUCAGUUUCUCUUUCCUUAUUUAUUUAACUCUUUCUUACUGAGCACCCAUUUUGUACCAGCUCCAUAACGCAAUAAUAAGGAUUAAUAGCAAGUCCAUGUGAGGAUCAGAGGUGACGUCAGUAUGACGCUGGAAUACAGUAGAUGCCCAGGAAAUGGUAGCGGUUGUCACUAUUCAUAGCAUUGAUGAGGAUCAGGGAAGGAUUCCCAGUGGAGAUGGUUGUAGAGCUAGACCUUUGUGGGCAGAUGGGGCUUCACAGGUACAGAUGACUGUGAAUGUAGAGGUCUGGAGAGAUGGCUGGGGAGCCCUGGAAGCCAGGAUCACAAGUUGGACUCUUUCAGCGUGCGGUGGCUCACGCCUGUAAUCCUAGCACUUUGGGAGGCCGAGGUGGGUGGAUCACCUAAGGUCAGGAUUUCGAGACCAGCCUGGCCAACAUGGCGAAACCCCGUCUAUACUAAAAAAAAAAAAAAAUACAAAAAUUUAGGUGGGCUUGGUGGCAUGCACCCAUAAUCCCAGCUACUUGGGAGGCUGAGGCAGGAGAAUCACUUGAACCUGGGAGGCAGAGGUUGCAUUGGUUGCAUUGAGCUGAGAGCACACCACUGCAUUCCAGCCUGGACAACAAAAGUGAAACUCCGUCUCAAGAAAAAAACAAAAAACAAAAAACAAAAAGGUGUUGGACUCCAUCCUGGUUGGAUAGGGCAGGGAUAAUGCCCUUUCUCUCUGGGGCUGAGGGAGGAAAUACUCCCACCCCCUGCUGGCUCCAGUCUGGGUGGGGUGUCCCUGGGGGACAAUGGGAGGAAGUCUUGUUUCAUGUCCUCCCACCAGCCUGGCCCCCUUAUAAUCUGGCAUCCUUCCCCUGGUGGCCCAAGUAAGAUGGAUCUACUGUGGAUCCUGCCCUCCCUGUGGCUCCUCCUGCUUGGGGGGCCUGCCUGCCUGAAGACCCAGGAACACCCCAGCUGCCCAGGACCCAGGGAACUGGAAGCCAGCAAAGUUGUCCUCCUGCCCGGUUGUCCCGGAGCUCCAGGAAGUCCUGGGGAGAAGGGAGCCCCAGGUCCUCAAGGGCAACCUGGACCACCAGGCAAGAUGGGCCCCAAGGGUGAGCCAGGAGAUCCAGCGAACCUGCUCCGGUGCCAGGAAGGCCCCAGAAACUGCCGGGAGCUGUUGAGACAGGGCGCCACCUUGAGCGGCUGGUACCAUCUGUGCCUACCUGAGGGCAGGGCCCUCCCAGUCUUUUGUGACAUGGACACCGAGGGGGGCGGCUGGCUGGUGUUUCAGAGGCGCCAGGAUGGCUCUGUGGAUUUCUUCCGCUCUUGGUCCUCCUACAAAGCAGGUUUUGGGAACCAAGAGUCUGAAUUCUGGCUGGGAAAUGAGAAUUUGCACCAGCUUACUCUCCAGGGUACCUGGGAGCUGCGGGUGGAGCUGGAAGACUUUAAUGGCAACCGUACUUUCGCCCACUAUGCGACCUUCCGCCUCCUCGGCGAGGUAGACCACUACCAGCUGGCACUGGGCAAGUUCUCAGAGGGCACUGCAGGUGAUUCCCUGAGCUUCCACAGUGGGAGGCCCUUCACCACCUACGACGCUGACCACGAUUCAAGCAACAGCAACUGUGCAGUGAUUGUCCACGGUGCCUGGUGGUAUGCAUCCUGUUACCGAUCAAAUCUCAAUGGUCUCUACGCAGUGUCUGAGGCUGCCGCCCACAAAUAUGGCAUUGACUGGGCCUCAGGCCGUGGUGUGGGCCACCCCUACCGCAGGGUUCGGAUGAUGCUUCGAUAGGGCACUCUGGCAGCCAGUGCCCUUAUCUCUCCUGUACAGCUUCCGGAUCCUCAGCCACCUUGCCUUUGCCAACCACCUCUGCUUGCCUGUCCACAUUUAAAAAUAAAAUCAUUUUAGCCCUUUCAA